AUGGGGUUUAAGUAUAAGAGGGUGGACGACAGACGCUAUUAUUAUGAGCAGCCACAUAUCAUUGAUCAGAGGAGGCGCCCAUCUGGUAAGGGUAAGCGUCUUAUUAUUCUUGGAGUGGGAGGUGAGAUGGGUUGGAUCCCCAACACUACUCUCAUCUUCCAAUCCAAGAAAGACACAGGCGAUUACCAUGAUGAAAUGACUGGAGGAGUGGUUUCGAUUGAGGAAGAGAUGCCUUUAAAAAGUUGGACUAAGUCCAAGAUGAUUGAGUGGCUAGUGUUUUAUGGUGUAGAGUUUGGUUUUGAUAGCACUAAGUCACAACUCUUCUCAAUCAUACAAGACGCUACCAGAAGGAUGGGCUUCACUAAACAAUAUGUUAUUGAUAAAAUGGAUCUAGAUGCUGGACAUGAGGUUGUUCGUCUGCCUGUGGCCCACUGUACGCUCAAUCCAAUUGAAUUGGCUUGGGCACAGUUCACUCUUAAUGAAGUUGAGCGUCUUGCAUGGGAGGGUUUUGAGGUGGUAACUCAGGAGCGGUGGGCUGGCUUGGUAAAACAUGUCAGAGAUAAAGUUGAGGACCACUACUGGCAGAAUGACAGACUUGAUGUACAUGCAAGAUUUAGUGUGUCUGAGUUUGUUAUUCAUGUUGGUGAUGAAUCCAGUGAUGAAUCAGAUGAUUCCACCAGUGAGUUAAAUGCCACCCAAAACUCUAACUCUGCUCUCAAUGAUUUUGUGGUUGUUACUGACACUGACAAUGACAUUUGA